AUGUCGUCCUCUCUCUCUUUCUCUCGUCGUCGCUCCCCCACCUUCUCUCUCCAGGAUUUCUCCGAGCUCAUCGCAAACGCAUUCAAUCUACCUCCUCCCCAUCCCUCUCCUGCGCUUCUCCCCGCGUCGCCCCCUCCCCACUAUUCGUCCACCCCUCCUCCCAGGCCCUGUUCUCCUUCCUCCAGCCAUUUCGACGCCGACGAAGAUGCGGAUCCCAUAUUUCAAUCAGAAUCCACCACCACUCACUCCAACACAGAUAGUACCCCACAUGUGCGGCCAUCCAAGUCGCGUUCCAGCGCCCUCAGCAUACUGAAAAACGUACGCACGAGAGCAUCCGCCCUCGUCCUCCGUCCAUUAGACACAAACAUCGAUCUGGCAGCAACUCCACAUGCCUCCACGCGUCCCAGCAUCUCGUCUCAGGGUACUGUGGUCUCCAGAACAACCUCCUCCUUCGCUUUCCUUUCCCGUCCCUCUUCCCCAAGUCAAAACACAAGGCCCUUCCCUUCCACUUCCGGCAACAGUCUUUCCCUCGCACGUUCUCGCUCCCGCACAAAAAGUGUUCCAGACCGCGUAUCUUUCCUAAAACUCCAUCCUAAGCGUGAACUCGCCUCCGCCACUGUUUCUAUGCCUGCUUCACGUCCCAGCCUAGGCGCUCUUCCCCAGCCGCCCGUCGAUCUUCCUUCAUUCUUCGAGGACACCGGUUACACGGAGCGCCGGCCGCCCCCGCCCGCAUAUAGUCGCCCCUCCACUCCCGCUGCUCCCACAAUGCCUUCCCUGCGCGUACACUCGAGACUUCCCCCACUUCGCAAAGCCAAGAGCGCCUCAACAAGCAUCUUCCGAGGAAAGCAGUCUAAGUCCAGGGGGGCACCGACAGCGGACACUGUGGCGGCGGCGGAGUCUCGCACGGCGUUUGAUUGGAGCGCUUCUGGCCACCUCGAAUGGCCGUUCGGUGCGGAUGACGACAACUGCUUCAUGUCCCCCAGGGAUCCGCCUCCUGUACCACCACUGCCACCGUCUUUGGGUGGCCAAAAGUGGGACCUAUCGGAGUGCGGUGAUGUCGAAGGAGAGCUGGAAGUCCCAGCCUAUGUGUUUGCGCGGCGGGGUAGCGCGACCAGUACGUGCACGAGCAGUUCGGUGGUGAGUAUCCGCUCUAUUCCCAUUCCGUCGGAGUUUGAGCGGCAAAGGCUUGGCUCAUCCCGAGACAUUGAAUCUCCUGUCCCCGCCUUCUCCCGAGUAUCUCGGAAGUGUGCCACGGGGACGUCUAUUGAGAUUAUAAUCGCGUCCUUCUCCAUCAAUAUGACACAGACCGCUUAUGGCGUCUGCCAUUCACGAUGCGAAGGUUUCGCGCCUCCCGAUCCAUUACACCCCCUUUCGCUUCCAAGGUAUUAG